AUGCUGAUUACUGGUAAUGACUUAACACUCAUUGAAGAAACCAAGAAGCAGUUGCAUCAGACCUUCAAGCUGAAGGAUUUGGGUGAGUUGAAGUAUUUCUUGGGAAUUGAUUUUUGUAGAUCUCAUAGAGGAAUCAUGAUGAAUCAGAGAAAGUAUAGUUUGGAGCUUAUAUCAGAAAUGGGCUUAAGUGCAGCUAAGCCAAGCUGGACACCAUUGGAUUGCAACCAAAAGAUCACAACUACUGAGCUAGAUGAGGUUGCAGGAUCAAACAAUGAUGAAUUAUUGGAAGAUAAGGGAAAAUAUCAGAGGUUGAUUGAGAAGUUAUUAUAUCUCAUAUUGACAAGGCUAGACAUUGCUUUUGUUGUACAGACACCUAGCCAGUUUAUGCAAAAUCCAAAGAAGUCACACUGGGAAGCAGCCAUAAGAGUAGUUAAGUAUGUGAAAAAGGAACCAUGA